AUGGUGCUGCAACUGAUUCUGCGAUACCUGGCCAACAACGAGCAGCUGAUCCAGCGGUUGGCCGACUCGUACCCGCUGCGCAGGGCCGCCCAGAUGGUGCUGAGCGCGUACUAUCGCAGUCGCUCCAUUGCCGAGCAGCAGAAGCUGAUCGGAAUGUCGCCGGAGCGGUUGCAGCAGGCGUUGCGCAGCUUCAAGUCGAACGUGCAGAAGGAGAUCGAAAAUGCGAAGAAUGAUUUGGGCAAGAAAAAGUGAAGUGAGCGCGCGUUCCAGCGCGGAUGCGCAUACUAGAGACAAGCGAAGAUAAAGGGUGUGGGUGUGUAAACUGUGCCGUGCUUCAAUGUAAUUAAAAUUUAUUUUUAUUUGUCGAAAA